AUGAGCGCGCAAUCCGUGAGCGAAGAACACCUUGAUGUCCUCACCAAGAAUGGAGAAAAAACCGGCAUCUCUAAGACAAGAAGGGAGCUUCAGGAGGAACUCGGCAUUACACUUCGAAAGGAUGCAUUCGAGUUGCUAUUUGUCUUUCUCCAAGAAUGCACCAUAAAUGAUGGGAAAUAUAUUAACAAUGAAUACAACGACGUGUAUCUUGUCACUACAAUAGAUCCGAUUCCAUUGGAGGCCUUUACUCUUCAGGAAUCUGAAGUUUCAGCUGUUAAAUAUGUAUCUUUGGAAGAGUACAAAAGCUUGUUAGCAAAAGAAGAUCCUCAAUACGUGCCUUAUGAUGUCGAUGGCCAAUACGGCCAGCUCUUUGAAAUUUUGUCUAAAAGGUACAAACAAAAUGAUGAAACACGCGCAUUGGGUCUACAAAAGCAGCUCAACCGUUAUGCUCGUGUUUCCCUUGAUGCAGAGUUGGUGGGGCUCAGUGAUGGCGACAAGGAAGCUCUGACUUCGCUUGUUAAAGCUGCAAAAUUAAUCGAUGAAAUUUUCCUCCUUCAGGUUUGGUACAGCAAUCCAUCGUUAAGAGAUUGGCUACAGCUGCAUGCAGAUGAAUCUAACCUUAACAAAUUGAAAUGGAUGUAUUAUCUUGUCAACAAAAGCCCAUGGUCAUCUUUGGAUGAAAAUGAGGCAUUUUUGUCAACUGCAGACUCGGCUGUGAAGCUUCUUCCGGAAGCUACUAAGCCAGUGAGUGGAUGGAAGGGAGUUGAAUACAGAACGGCAUUUCCUGUUACAAUUCCACCUGGUGCAAAUUUCUAUCCACCGGAUAUGGAUAAAACGGAAUUCGAAUUGUGGAAAAAUAGUCUUCCCGAAGAAAAACAGGAAGAAGCAACGGGCUUUUUCAGUGUUAUCAAAAGGGAAAGCGAGAGAAUAUUGGAUAAGUCACUUUUGCCAAACACCACCUCUAAUAAUAGCACUAAUGGUGCUCACGAUUUGUAUAUUGUCCCUUACUCGGAAGAAUACAAUGCUUUCCUCAAGAAAGCUUCUGAUUUGCUGCAUAAGGCUGGGAACUCAGCUAGCUCUUCCAGUUUGAAGACGCUUUUGCAUAGCAAGGCUGAUGCUUUCCUAUCGAAUGAAUAUUAUGAUUCGGAUAUUGCGUGGAUGGAAUUGGAUUCGAAGCUGGAUGUCACUAUCGGCCCAUACGAGACGUAUGAAGAUACAAUUUUUGGAUACAAGGCCACUUUCGAGGCGUUCAUUGGAAUCAAGGAUGAUGAGGCAACAGCUCAAAUCAAACUGUUUGGCGACAAUUUGCAGGUUUUGGAGAAGAAUCUCCCCGUGGACAGUGUUUACAAGUCAGAAGACGUGACUGCAGCCCCGAUUCGAGUCAUCCGUUUAAUUUACAAUUCAGGGGACGUGAAGGGCCCACAAACUGUUGCGUUUAAUCUUCCCAAUGAUGAGAGGAUUGUAAAAGACAGAGGGACCUCUAUGGUCAUGCUCAAGAAUGUUUCGGAAGCAAAAUUUGAGCUUAUUCUUCAACCUAUAGCCAAUGCAUGCAUAGCUGAGGAACAACGUAGUUACGUGGAUUUCGACUCAUUUUUCACUCACACCAUUUGUCACGAGUGUGUUCACGGCAUUGGGCCUCAUACAAUAACGCUGCCCGAUGGGAAACAAUCAACCGUGAGAUUGCAAUUGCAAGAACUUCACUCGGCUAUGGAAGAAGCUAAAGCUGACAUUGUUGGGCUUUGGGCCCUACGGUUUCUUAUUAACGAGGUAGCUCUUUGUUUCCCUACCAAAAAGGUAUCUGGCCAGAAUUUACUGCCGAAUACGUUGAUCAAAUCCAUGUACGUCUCGUUCCUUGCCGGUUGCUUCCGCUCUGUACGUUUCGGCCUGGAGGAAGCUCACGGGAAAGGGCAAGCUUUGCAGUUCAAUUAUUUAUUCGAAAAGGGUGCGUUUCUUAUGCAUCCUGACGGAACAUUUUCUGUCGACUUUGAGAAGGUCGAGGAAGCAGUCGAGAGAUUGAGUCGGGAGAUUCUUACUAUACAAGGAAAAGGCGAUAAAAACGCUGCAAAAUCUCUCCUUUCAAAGCACGGUGUGCUUACACAGCCGCUAAAAUCCGCGCUCGAUAAAUUGCAAGACAUUGAGGUUCCGGUGGAUAUAUUGCCGGACUUCCCGAUUGCCGACGAAAUUUUACAGAAGAGCAUCUGAUGAUUGGAACAAGAAUGAAAGGCAAAUUAUUUAUAAUUUUGUGGAUAAUUCGUAUGGUUGAAAUAAAUUUCCUGGUGUGUUUAAUUUUUGUAAAAUAAAAUCGGAUUUUUGGUCCGAACUCCCAAUAAUCUCUAGUCAAUAAAUGCGACCUCUAAAGCAAAAUUGUCACUACGUUAUAACAUUUUUCUGUUUAAUGCAUUGUAAAAUUUAGUUACUAUAUUACAGCUCGAGCUCGAGAGCUUUUAUUGAGUCGAGCUCAGCUUGUUGUUUAUUGAGUCGAGCUCAGCUUGUU